CGAGGCAGUGAGGGGGGCAAAGUGAAAUGUCGCGUCUCGGACAGCAACGCCAACGUCAACGUGAAUGCCGACGCCGAGGGGGACGGCGAAGAGGAGGUGGAGGAGGAGAACAAGAGACUGACCAUUUGUUGCUCUCCCCUACGGCCUGUGGUGUCGGACAGCAACAGCAACAGCAUUGACGUCAGACUCGUCAGAAGCGUUGCCAACACCCCGGCUGCCAACGCGACUGUCUCGAUGCCGUUUUCUGGCCUUGCUUUUGCGUCGGCAACCAGCUCAGCACAACUGCCGCUCUCGCUCUCCUGCACCUCGACAGGCUCACACUCGACAACUGCUCUACAACCUCCGCCUCCGCCCCCACCCACGCCCCCGCCACCACUCCCACUCCCACCGCUACCGCCACCGCCACCAGCACCGACACAGUCACCGCUAUCGUUGUCAUUGCCGUUGCCUUUGCCGUUGGCGUCACCGAUGGCGCCAGUCGCCUCGACGACUGGAUCGUUGGUUGCAUCGACGACGGGGACGGCGGACACUCUGUUGCUGCUGCAGGCUCUGUUGACGGCUGGAGGCGGCGGCGGGCUUCUGGGCCCGACGACGGUGAGUUCGAGCGCCGGACAACAGUUGCCUAGGCCGACGAUGCUCGAGACGUCCGGUCUCCCCGCCACCGCCAUAGUCAGUCUGCCCACGUGCACGGGCUGGACCGGCGGCCCGUCUGACGGACCGGCCUAUGGACAAGUCAAUUUUGCGCAUCUCCAACAUCAACAUCAACAUCAGCAUCAGCAUCAGCACCAGCAUCAACAGCAGCCAAGCCUGUCAAUCUCUGCGCAACACCACCACCACCACCACCACCACCAUCAGCAGACCCAGCAAGCCCAGCUGGCCCAGCAACAGCAACUUUUGGAGGCCCAGCAGCAAGCUCAUCCCGGACCUGCCCACGUCUCGUUGAACGCCUUCACGGCACUGGCUGCAGUCGCGGCAGCCGCGGUCGGUAACAAGUCUGCCCUGCAGAACAACGCCUCAACAGGUUGCCUCGGUUACGUGGGCGGCGUCGGGGAGGCGAGCUGCGGUGGCGGCGGCGGAGGCGGUGGGUGUUCGCUGGGCGACGCUAUGGCGGCCGGUUGCUGUGCCGGGGCGAACGGACACAGCGGGCCUCUGUCCAGUCUGUGCUCCGUCGGUGGCGGGGGCGGAGGGAUGGGCGGCGAGCUGUCUCACCUCUCCGGCCUUGUGGCCGGCCCCGGCGGCGCUGGAUUGGCCCUGUUCGCCGGACUGCCCUCCUUCCUGCACUACUCACAAGUCGGCCAGCAAUCGAGCGGCUUCACGACUCUGUCGCCGGCGCCCUCCACCAGCACCAGCACCAGCAACACCGCCAGCCCCGCCUUGCUCUCCGGCGACCCGACGGCCGCUCUCUUCCUCGGCCCCGGCGGCUCGCGGCCCGGCGGCCAAUCAGGCCACUCGAGUCAGUCGGGCCAAUCGGGCCAGUCCGGCCCAACGGGCCAAUCAGAAGAGGCCCAGCUGCACAGGCACUACGCCGUCCCAUUCUGCCUGACCGAGACGGCCCUGUCGGCCGCCAGCCCCGGCGGGCCGCCCAGUCCCGCCAGCCCAACCAGUCCCGUCAGUCCGCCGGUCGCCUCCUCCUGCUCAGUCGGCGGCCUCUCGCUCUCGCUCUCGCUCUCCGGCCCCGACGCCCUCAGCCCCGCCGGCACUCCGCCCAUCCGCCACACGCCCGCCGGCCUCCUCAACGGCCCCUCGGCCGACCUGCCGCCCGGCCUGCUGCUGCCCGACGGCCCAGCCGGCCUCGCCAGGCCGCCGGGAGGUCCCGCCACCGCCGUCACUCUAAGCACCGGCGAACUCUACUCCCAACUGAUCGCCAUCGCCGGAGUCGCCGGCCCGCCUCCCUCCUGUGUCGGCUUCCCCUUCCUCCAAUCGAUCGCGGCCGACCAAUCGCUGCUGCCCACCAAUCAGACGACCCCGUCGUCAGUCUCUUCACUCGCCGGCCUCGGUCUCGGCCUCGGACUCAGCCUUGGCCUUGGCCUCAGCCCCUCCUCGGGCGGACAUCAACUCGUCUACAGCCCCGCCGGCAGCACCACCACCAUCCCCGCCCCUGCCCCCGCCCCCGCACCCACCUCUGUUCCCACCUCC